AGCUUUUGACAAUGACUUAGGUAUGGUUGAGAUUAUGAAUCCAAUUUACCAUUCCAACUGUAAAGAAAAAAAAAACAAUAAAACUGUUGUGAUAAACCUUAGACACAGUCCUUUCGUAUAUUCUCAGGAUUUAACACAUUUUUGGCAGUUGGAUGUAACGAAUUUGCUUUUCUUGAAUCAAAUGGGACAACAGUUGGUGGUUGUGUAUCGAUUUGUGGUGACAACAACAACAAUUUUAGCAAUUUCAAUUUCCGUAGCGACAGUUGUAAUGGAAAGUAUUGUUGCGAGACUUCAUUGCCUUUGCAUCUUUCAGAGUAUAACACAAAGUUUCGAGGUUUAGGGGAACAGAAUAGUGACAACUGUAGCUAUGCUUUGAUUAGCCACUGGUCGGAAAUGUGAAUGCGUCAAGGGUUAUAGAGGCAAUCCCUACGUUGCUGGAGGCUGUACAGCAACUCAAUAUCCAGGUUCCUACGGUAAGAAGAAUAAUCGGUGGAAGAAGUGGGUUAUUGUAGGAAUUUCGUCGAGUGUUGGAUCCAUCGGUUUCCUCAUUGGUCUAUGGUUUUUGUUUAAAGAUGUGAAGAAAAGAAUAAUAAAGAAAUAUAGAGAAAAAUUCUUCAAAAGAAAUGGUGGUUUGUUGUUACAAAAAAGAAUGUCUUCGGGAGAAGUAAAUGUUGAAAGAACUACUCUCUUCGCCUUAAAGGAUUUAAAGAAAGCCACUGAAAACUUCAAUAAGAACAGAGUUCUUGGAAAAGGAGGCCAAGGUACAGUUUACAAAGGCAUGCUGGUAGAUGGUAAAAUUGUUGCAGUGAAAAAGUAUAAGGUUGAAGGAAAGGUUGAAGAGUUUAUCAAUGAGUUUGUUAUUCUUUCACAAAUCAACAAUAGAAAUGUGGUUAAAUUAUUAGGAUGUUGUUUGGAGACAGAAAUUCCAUUGCUUGUUUAUGAAUUCAUUCCCAAUGGUAACCUUUUUGAGUAUUUACAUGACCAAAAUGAGGACAUACCAAUGACAUGGGACAUACGUUUGAGAAUUGCAACCGAAAUUGCUGGAGCUUUAUUUUACUUACACUCUACUGCAUGUCAACCCAUUUAUCAUAGAGACAUUAAAUCAACAAAUAUAAUGUUGGACGAAAAGUAUAGGGCGAAAUUGGCAGAUUUUGGAGCAUCAAGAAUAAUUUCAAUCGAAGCUACUCACCUUACCACAAUGGUUCAAGGUACUUUCGGUUACUUAGACCCUGAAUACUUUCAUACCAGUCAAUUUACCGAGAAAAGUGAUGUGUACAGCUUUGGAGUAGUUCUCGCUGAACUUUUAACUGGUAAGAAGCCAAUAUCCUCUGUAGGGUCUGGGGAAUACCAAAAUUUGGCUUCCUAUUUUGUUCAGUGUAUAGAGGAGAAUAAGUUGUCUGACAUUGUUGAUGAAAGGGUCACAAAAGAAGGCGAGAAAGAACAUGUCAUUGCAGUUGCAAAUCUUGCAUAUACAUGCUUAGAGUUGAAUGGAAGAAAGCGACCAACUAUGAAAGAAGUUAUGUUACAAUUAGAAGGGAUCAGGGGAAUGAAUAAGAAGCUUAAUGCACAACAAAACCGUGAGGAAAUUGAGCUUGCUGGAAUUGAAGAGUACCAACCUUGGGAUGGGUAUUCUGCAUCAAAUUCGUUGCCAACUAUUAACAGUCAAACAUACUCCACAGACUCGGAGGUUGUCGGGCGGUGAUCCAAGCUUUGAUAGCUGAUACUGGGUGAGAAGUGUAUCUUGAAUUUGAUUGAGUCGAGAAAUCAAUUAUUUUGUAAAAUUAUUGAUGGCGUUGUAUACUAUUUUAAAUAAUUUUGAAGACGAAAAUCAGUUGUCUCUUAGACAAAAAUUAUAAUCACAUAUUGGAUGUCUUUAAUAAGCAUAAACCUUUAUGGUUGAGGAACACUUUGUCUUUUAAUAAGCAUAUAUUAGAUAUCAUUAAUAAAUCAUAUUAACAUUAGCAAUUACGGAUUUGUUGA